AAGCCAAAAGAAAUAAGGAGUCGAAAGAACAAGAAGUUGAAAGAAACAAGAAGCCAAUAGAAAUGAGGAGCGAAAAGAAACGAGGAGUUGAAAAAAACGAGGAGCUGAUAGAAAUGAGGAGCUGA